AUGAGUUACGAUUCUGCUCUCACUGUUUUCUCGCCAGAUGGACAUCUGUUUCAAGUCGAAUAUGCACUCGAGGCUGUUAGAAAAGGAACUUGUGCGGUUGGUGUGCGUGGCAAGAAUGUUGCUGUUCUUGGUAUUGAAAAGAAAUCUGUGUUGAAGUUGCAGGAUCCUCGCACUGUACGCAAGAUUGCUAUGCUUGACAAUCAUAUUUGUCUUGCUGCUGCAGGUUUGACUGCAGAUGCACGAGUGUUGAUUGACAAGGCUCGCGUUGAAUGCCAGAGUCAUCGAUUGACUGUAGAAGAUCCAGUAUCUGUAGAGUACAUUACUCGCCACAUUGCAUCUAUUCAGCAGAAAUACACUCAAAGUGGAGGUGUACGUCCUUUUGGUAUUUCUACAUUGAUUAUUGGGUUUGAUGUAGACAAGGUACCCAAACUCUAUCAAACAGAUCCAUCAGGUAUCUACUCUGCAUGGAAAGCAAAUGCAGUGGGUCGCAGCUCGAAAACUGUGCGUGAAUUUCUCGAGAAAAACUACAAGGACGACAUGACUCGUGAUGAAACCAUUAAACUAGCAAUCAAGUCUCUUUUGGAAGUGGUUCAAACUGGUGCCAAAAACAUUGAGAUUGCAGUGAUGGGCGAGGAUGCUAAAAUCCGAGUAAGUAGAUCUGAUUUCAAAGUGUAA